UCCACAUGACCUACGAUCUGGCCAGUGCAGUUGUGCGGAUCGUGAACCUGAUUGGGAUGAUGCUACUGCUGUGUCAUUGGGAUGGCUGCCUCCAGUUCCUCGUGCCUAUGCUGCAGGACUUCCCUGAUGAUUGCUGGGUAUCCCUCAACCGCAUGGUGAAUGACUCCUGGGGGAAGCAGUAUUCCUAUGCGCUGUUCAAGGCAAUGAGUCACAUGCUCUGCAUUGGGUAUGGGCAGCAGGCACCCGUUGGCAUGUCAGAUGUGUGGCUCACUAUGCUGAGCAUGAUUGUCGGUGCCACCUGCUAUGCCAUGUUCAUCGGCCAUGCCACAGCCCUCAUCCAGUCUCUGGACUCUUCACGGCGUCAGUACCAGGAGAAGUACAAGCAAGUGGAACAGUAUAUGUCCUUCCACAAGCUCCCUGCAGACAUGAGGCAGCGCAUCCAUGAUUACUAUGAGCACCGCUACCAGGGGAAGAUGUUUGAUGAAGAGAGCAUCCUGGGAGAGCUGAGCGAGCCCCUCCGAGAGGAAAUCAUAAACUUCAACUGCCGGAAGCUGGUUGCCUCCAUGCCACUCUUUGCCAAUGCAGAUCCCAACUUUGUGACAUCCAUGUUGACCAAGCUGCGGUUUGAGGUAUUCCAGCCUGGGGAUUACAUCAUUCGGGAGGGCACCAUUGGCAAGAAGAUGUACUUCAUCCAGCACGGGGUGGUGAGUGUCCUCACCAAAGGCAACAAGGAGACCAAGCUGGCAGAUGGCUCCUACUUUGGAGGUGCGUGUUUAUGGGUCACCUUUUCACAGUGA